AUGAGUCUUCUUUUUGUUGAAAUCUUUGGAAUUGUAAUUGCUGUGUGCCUUUGUGCACUUGUCUCUCUAGCUUGGCAUAUCCAUCGUCAACAUCAAAAGUAUGAUCAUCUACCAGGACCUCCAAGGGACAGCUUCUGGAGUGGGAAUUUUCCGUCCAUCGGAAAAGUCAUUUCUGCUGGUGGUAUUAUAGACGACUACUUUGUAGAAAUGUCCAAGGUUUACGGGCUGGUAUUCCGUAUCUGUAUAUGGAACCAAGUUUUUGUCAUCGUUUUAGAUCCGGAAUGUAUUAAGGAUACUCUGGUGGCGAAAAAUCACCCAAAAUCGAAACGGUUAUAUUCACAGUUAAUCAACCUAUUCGGUACAAGAUUUCUUGGGAAUGGAUUGGAAACAGAGAUUGAUAAUAAAAUCUGGAUACUACAGCGAAUGCAAUUGGACCAAUGGUUCAAACCACAUUAUAUUCGACAAUUUGCACCAGAGUUCAACGAGUUUGCUAAUGAAUACAUGGAACACUUAGGAACCUAUGCGAACGGCAAGACGGAGAUACACAUGCUUGAUACGUUAAAUAAAUUGACGACACAUGUUUUGUACAAGAUAGCAUUCAGCAUCGACAUUGGGCCAUUAAAUAGGAAGAGUAAUCCCUGUUUAAUAGCAAUAAAGACAGCUUUGUUAGGUUUCGCCACACAACUGAAAAAUCCCUUGGAAGCCAUGAAUCCAUUCAAAUGGAAGUUUCGUCGGGAAGCUCGAAAAUCUGUAUAUUUUAUCAGAGACAUUGCCAAGAAAGAGAUGAUGAAUAGAGAUAAAGCGAGACGUGAAGAAGACUACAUUCCAAAAGAUCUUUUGGAGUACAUAUUGGAACUAAAAGCAAAGUACCCAUCAAUUUUCACGGAUGAAGAGUUAUUGGACAAUGUCGUGACAUUCAUCAUUGCAGGGCAAGAAACGACGGCAAACGCCUUGGCCUUCAUGCUACUCCUUCUCGGACAGAAUCCAGACUGUUACAAGAAGCUUCAAAGAGAGAUAGAUGAAAACAUUGGAGCAGUGUCUGUGAUUACCCUGAAUGAACUUGAGAAACUUCCCUAUCUCGACAUGGUAUUAAAGGAGACUCUACGACUUUACCCAGUAGCUAAGAUGACUUUUCGCGAAACAGCCAAAGAUUGCAGUCUCGGUGGUCACUGUAUCCCCGAGGGGACCGAUAUGCUCAUCAGCUUCUAUGCGACAUCCAGGGCGAAUCAAAAUGUGACAGAUCCAACCAAGUUUUUACCAGAACGAUUUGAUAAAAACAGCCCAGAGAAAUUACACAAGUAUGCCUCGACACCGUUUUCAGCUGGACCACAUACGUGUAUCGGAAAGAAGUUUGCAGAGAUCCAAAUGAAAAUCAUCAUUGCCAAGAUUAUGCAGAAUUUCGACUUCGAACUGAUUCCCGACCAACCAUAUGAACUGAUCGACCAAACAACGAUCCACGCGAAAAGUGGCGUCAUGUGCUGUUUAAGCCAAAGGAAAACAAUUAAGAUGUAA